GUACCACUAGCCUGACAUGGAAAAAAACAAUGGGACCUUUGAAAAACCAUUACUAGCAAGAGAGGACAGGGAACUCAACUCGGCCUUAGACAUAGAUGUGCUAAAACCGGAAGAAACUACUAGAUAGGUAGAAGGCAUCAGCUUAGGCCAGUGCUGAUUAGGGAGGGCCAGAAAGCACUAGGCUAGCUGAUAAGCCCAGCCGGACCAGCGAACGUCAGGCCCGGAGGGUAGGUGGGCGUGCCCAGAAUGGGGCUCUGUCGGCCCCGCCCUUCUGCGCUGCCUCCAGAGCGCUCUGACUACGUUUCCCGGCAUGCUGCGGCUACGGCACUUCUGGAGGGCGCCAUGGCCAGGGCGGCGGGGACGAAGUUGGGACUGCAAGCAGUUAAGCGAGUGUUAGUUCGUUUCUGCCCCUUUGAGAACAACGUGGAGGCGACCAGGAAGUUCCUCCAGGCCGUGAGCAGCGAAAAGGUGCGCGCUUCUAACCUCAACUGCACUGUGCAGGUGGACGUGCGGCACGACGGCUCCGAGCCCUGCGUGGAUGUGCUUUUUGGAGAUGGAGACCGGCUAAUCCUUCGCGGAGCCCACCUCACGGCGCAGGAGAUGCUUGCAGCGUUCGGCUCCCGAGUCCAGGCUAAGAGCCGUACCUCACCCGGGGAGAAGGUUGGAGGCCCCUAGCCUCCGGGGAGAUAUGGGGAUGGAGCAAAUAAAAGCUAGCUAUCACA